AUUGGGCUGAGGCCUGUGGAAAAAAACUUGCCGGUUAGCCUACGUUGCGGGUAAAUUUCUUGGUGAGAAAUGUGUUUACGUUUUGUGAAGUAUUUGUAGUGCGCAUAAUAAUAAUCAAAUUGAUAAAUUGUGGAUAAGCAAGUUGGCAGAUAAGUUAAGCACAAAUUAGAAUAAUGGCGGAAUCUGGGGUUAAAAUCAAGGUGGAGAAAGAAGAUAAGGAUGCCGUAGAUUCUGUAAAAUUAGCAAAGAAAAUUAAGAAGGAGGAAGAUAAUUGUGGCGAAGGAGUUAAAAAAAUCAAGACGGAACAAGGCGAAGAUAUCGUAGAUUCUGUAAAGGUUCAGAAAACAGAAAUUGCAGGAGACAAAGAAGAAACGGGGGAUGAUGCUAACACUGGAAAGAAGAAACGUAACCGCAAACGGAAACGCCAACUCUUUCUCGACAUUUGUAAACAAAUGGAGUUCUACUUCAGUGACGCCAACAUUAAAAAGAACCGACUAAUGUUGGAAAUGGUCUCUGCAGCAGAGUUUGUCCCACUUGAGAAAUUUUUAGACUUUAAUCGCAUCAAAAGUUUGACGGAGAAGGUAACUGAUCUCGCCAAGGCGCUAACUGGGACUUCAGAGAGUUUAACGGUUUCCGAGGACGGGACCGGCGUGAAGAGGAAGGUUCCCUACGAUCCAAAGAAGUUGAAAUCUGACUCUGAAAUGGAGGAGUGUACAAUCUACGUCGAAAACGUUCCACGCCUCGUAGACCAUGCUUGGUUGGAGAAAAAUUUCCUAAAUUUUGGUCCUAUCGCAUAUAUCUCCCUACCAAAAUUCAAGUCAGGUCAACCCAAGGGGUUCGCGUUCAUAGAAUUCAUGCGGAAAGAAAGUGCACAAGGAUGUCUUGAAGCUUAUCAAGGAGAGGGCUCCAUUCUUCCGGAUGACAUGGACCCUGGUCAGCUAAUGAGCGUGUUGACAUUUAAUGAGGAACAGAAACAAAAUCAGAAUAGGGCCACGUCAGAUUCCGGGAAAUCUCCGGCAAAAGUUGGACAACAAAAUUCCAGAAAGAGAAAAUUAGACGACGAUCCCUCGAAUAAUUCUGACUCUGAUCGAACCAAACGACCAAAAGAAAGUCAAUCGGUCCGAUCUACUGUCUCGGUUACGACACCCUCGUCCGAAGUUGGGACGGACACGCUGACUAAUCCUACCUCUUCUGUUUCCGUCGUUGAAGCUGAAAUGGGAGAAGACGCGGAUGAGAAUGUACAUGGUGCACACGGAGAAAAAACAAAGAAGAAGCGAAAGAAAAGGAAUAAAUUAACAAAAACUCCAGAGGAAAGAAUGGAAGGGGACUCUAUCCAUUUACGAGUAAUGCCUAAACGUACCUGGCGACAGCUAAGGAAUCGCUAUCUGAAUCUUCAGCGACAAAACAUGUCCAAAUUGAAGCAGCAACUAAGAGAGCACAAUUUGAGGGAGCAAUAUUACAAAAACUGUCAAGUUUCUGAAGAGCCAAAGAGCAAGCAUGGUAACAUUGUCGAACUUCACAUGGACUCUCCGGCAGAAUCGGUGGAGGCAUUUAAAAGACAAAUCCAAGUCGACUUAUGUGGCCAAUCGGAAGAAGAAGCAGCCAUCAGCCAAUUAGUGAAAUACGUCGAUUAUGAAGAAGGUGGACUGGUAGCUUACGUGCGAUUUGGAGAGGACGAAUUCUUUGCCGAUAGGUUUCUCACCUUUGUUCAUAAUGCAGAAAAGGUGUUCAAGUGGUCGAAAAUUUUAACAGUCCAAGAAUCACUCGAAUACAAAGCUCGCGUCCAAGAAGCUUUGAAACACAAGAAGAAGCAACAACCUCGAAAAAAGGAGCGUGGAAAAGAUAGACUCCUUCGUGCUGCUGCGAAAUCAUCACAGCACAUUCGAUUCGACGGUCCACCUGACGUAACUAUGACCAGCAUUUUUAACUCUGACGAGUCUAACGAUGAAUCAAUAGCUGCGUAAGUCAAAGUUUAUGUGAUGUAUAAGAAAAGAAAAUAUGCAUGUUCACAGUUAUGCAUGCAAACCUCCCAACAACGAAAUGUCUGAAUUAUAGACUAUAAUUUAUAGUAAGCAAUCUCCCGUUUGAUUAUAUUUCACUAUUGUUGUUUUCUUAUAUCUCUAUACAUAAUUACAUAAAUAGUCCUCUUUAGUUUAAAUCUUAGAAAUAUUUACAUGAUUAGUCAUACACAUGUACCUAGAUAAGUUACAUACAAAUAAAUUAAAAACAAUAUAAUGUAUAAAUGAA